AUGGCCUCCUCCACACCGCCCGCUUCUCGACUCCGACAGCGUCGAGCGACCACGUCGCGCUCGGCUUCCCGGCCGCCCAAUCACCCCAACCGCCGCCGCUCCCUCGACGGCUACACGACCGCCACAGCGACCGCCACGAACAGCAGCAGCAGCAGCGCCCGAUCGUCUGCAGUCGCGUUGGGUCUGUCCAUGCGCACAGCUCGCACGCGCUUGCUCCAGGCCAUCCAGUGCAAGAUCCAGGAGAAAGAAGACUCGAGGACGCCCACGACGGCGCUGUACGACCCGUUUCUGCUGCUGCUGGCGCUGUGCGCGUCUUUCCGCGUCGCGGAUGCGGUCCGGCGCGUGGCUGGAGCCGAUCAGGACGGAGACGCGCGAGGACUGACGGCAGUGGCCGAAGCAGCGUUCCUCGUGGCUGCCGCGGGGGGAACGUCCUGUUGA